AGCUGCCGGGCCGCGGAGGCGCCGGGACGGAUCCGGCGGGCGGCGCGGCGCGAUGCCGACCAACUUCACCGUGGUGCCGGUGGAGGGGCGCGCCGACGGCGACGGGGCCGAGGUGGCCGGGCGCGAGGAGACGCCGGGGCCCGCGGAGGAGGACGGGGAGCCCGCCUCGCCCGGCCCGGGAGAUGGGACUCCCAGGGAAAUCAGUCCGUUCAUCAACAAUGUGGAGAUGGAAAGAGAAAGUUAUUAUGAAGGAAAGAACAUGGCACUUUUUGAGGAGGAGAUGGACAGCAACCCCAUGGUGUCCUCACUGUUGAACAAGCUGGCCACCUACACCAACCUGAGCCAGGGCGUGGUGGAACACGAGGAGGAUGAGGACAGCCGGCGUCGGGAGGCCAAGGCUCCGCGCAUGGGCACCUUCAUCGGCGUGUACCUGCCCUGCCUGCAGAACAUCCUGGGUGUGAUCCUCUUCCUGCGCCUGACGUGGAUUGUGGGCGCGGCCGGUGUCCUGGAGUCCUUCCUCAUCGUGGCCAUGUGCUGCACCUGUACAAUGUUGACGGCCAUCUCCAUGAGCGCCAUCGCCACCAAUGGUGUUGUCCCAGCCGGAGGCUCCUACUACAUGAUUUCUCGGUCUCUGGGGCCCGAGUUUGGAGGGGCUGUUGGCCUCUGUUUCUAUUUGGGCACAACAUUUGCGGGGGCCAUGUACAUCUUGGGCACCAUCGAGAUCUUCUUGACCUACAUCUCCCCGAGCGCGGCCAUCUUCCAGGCGGAGGGGGCGGGUGGCGAGGCAGCCGCCAUGCUGCACAACAUGCGCGUCUACGGCAGCUGCACCCUGGUGCUCAUGGCUGUGGUGGUCUUCGUGGGGGUGAAGUACGUCAACAAGCUGGCCCUGGUCUUCCUGGCCUGCGUGGUGCUCUCUAUCCUGGCCAUCUACGCUGGCGUCAUCAAGACAGCCUUCGACCCGCCUGACAUCCCGGUCUGUCUGCUGGGGAACCGCACGCUGUCGAGACGCAGCUUCAACGUCUGUGCCAAGGUGGAGGUGAUCAGCAACGGGACGGUGACCACCGCCCUCUGGGGCCUCUUCUGCAACGGCUCCAGUCUCAGUGCUGCCUGCGACGAGUACUUUGUGCAGAACAACGUCACCGAGGUGCAGGGCAUCCCUGGCGUGGCCAGCGGCGUCUUCUUGGAUAACCUGUGGGGCACAUACUCAGACAAGGGGGCAUUUGUGGAGAAGAAGGGCGUUCCCUCGGUGCCUGUGCCUGAGGAGGGCCGGCCCAGCGGGAUGCCGUACGUCCUCACUGACAUCAUGACCUACUUCACCUUGCUGGUCGGCAUCUACUUCCCCUCCGUCACAGGUAUCAUGGCAGGAUCCAACCGCUCUGGCGACCUCAAGGAUGCGCAGAAGUCCAUCCCCACGGGCACCAUCCUGGCCAUUGUGACCACGUCGUUCAUUUAUCUCUCCUGCAUAGUGCUUUUUGGGGCCUGCAUCGAAGGCGUCGUGCUGCGAGACAAGUUUGGGGAAGCCCUGCAGGGAAACCUGGUCAUCGGCAUGCUGGCCUGGCCGUCUCCCUGGGUCAUCGUCAUUGGCUCCUUCUUCUCCACCUGUGGCGCAGGACUGCAGAGUCUGACCGGGGCACCCCGCCUCCUGCAGGCCAUUGCCCGUGAUGGCAUCGUCCCUUUCCUGCAGGUGUUCGGCCAUGGGAAGGCCAACGGGGAGCCCACGUGGGCCCUUCUGCUCACGGCACUCAUCUGCGAGACCGGCAUUCUCAUCGCCUCCCUGGAUGCGGUGGCACCCAUCCUCUCCAUGUUCUUCCUCAUGUGCUACAUGUUUGUGAACCUGGCCUGCGCGGUGCAGACUCUGCUGCGCACACCCAACUGGCGUCCCCGCUUUAAGUACUACCACUGGACCCUGUCCUUCCUGGGCAUGAGCCUGUGCCUCGCCCUCAUGUUCAUCUGUUCCUGGUACUAUGCCCUCUUCGCCAUGCUCAUCGCCGGCUGCAUCUACAAGUACAUCGAGUACCGAGGCGCUGAGAAGGAGUGGGGCGAUGGCAUCAGGGGCCUGUCACUGAACGCCGCCCGUUAUGCCCUGCUCCGUGUAGAGCACGGCCCCCCUCACACCAAGAACUGGAGGCCCCAGGUGCUGGUGAUGCUGAACCUGGACGCGGAGCAGUGCGUGAAGCACCCCCGCCUGCUGUCCUUCACCUCCCAGCUGAAGGCGGGCAAGGGCCUGACCAUCGUGGGCUCCGUGCUGGAGGGCACCUACCUGGACAAGCACGCCGAAGCACAGCGGGCCGAGGAGAACAUCCGGGCUCUGAUGGGUGCAGAGAAGACCAAGGGCUUCUGCCAGCUGGUCGUUUCCUCCAAUCUGCGGGACGGCACAUCUCACCUGAUCCAGUCAGCCGGCCUUGGAGGCAUGAAGCACAACACGGUGCUCAUGGCCUGGCCCAAGUCCUGGAAGCAGGCAGACAACCCUUUCUCCUGGAAGAACUUCGUUGACACUGUCCGUGACACCACUGCGGCCCAACAGGCCCUGCUGGUGGCCAAAAACAUCGACAUGUUCCCACAAAACCAGGAGCGCUUCAGCGAGGGGAACAUCGACGUGUGGUGGAUCGUGCAUGACGGGGGCAUGCUCAUGCUGCUGCCCUUCCUGCUGUGCCAGCACAAGGUGUGGCGGAAGUGCCGGAUGCGCAUCUUCACAGUGGCCCAGGUGGACGACAACAGCAUCCAGAUGAAGAAGGACCUACAGACGUUUCUGUAUCACCUCAGGAUCAGCGCGGAGGUGGAAGUCGUAGAGAUGGUUGAGAAUGAUAUUUCUGCAUUCACCUAUGAAAAGACACUGAUGAUGGAGCAGAGAUCCCAGAUGCUGAAGCAGAUGCAACUGUCUAAGACUGAGCGGGAGAGAGAGGCCCAGCUGAUCCAUGACCGGAACACCGCAUCUCACACCAUGGCCACCGCCAGGACCCAGCCCCCCUCCACCCCGGACAGAGUGCAGAUGACAUGGACAAAGGAGAAGCUGAUCGCAGAGAAGCACAGGAACAAGGACCCGGGUGCCUCUGGGUUUAAAGACCUCUUCAGCCUGAAGCCGGACCAGUCCAACGUCAGGAGGAUGCACACGGCCGUGAAGCUCAAUGGGGUGGUGCUCAGCAAGUCCCAGGAUGCCCAGCUCGUCCUGCUGAACAUGCCAGGGCCCCCCAGAAACCGGCAGGGCGAUGAGAACUAUAUGGAGUUUCUCGAGGUCUUGACCGAGGGGCUCAACAGGGUCCUGUUGGUCCGAGGCGGUGGACGAGAGGUCAUCACCAUCUACUCGUAACGCCUGACAACACCGAGGACAGUGCCAGCAGCCUGGAGCCAGGCUCAGACUCACCAAGACGCCACGCCGGGGUGGGGGCCGCCCUGUCCCGCGUGGGGCAUCCUCUAGGUGGAAGGUGUUCCUGGCAGUGCUGAGAGGGCAGGUGCAGGACUGGGGGAGUUCUUUGCAAACUUAGUCAUCUAGGGCAAAACUGAGGUUGGUGGGCUGGGACCCGAGAAUGGCCACUGCCCACCAAGAGUCCUUCCCAGACUCCACCUCCAGCUUCCAGGAUCGCCCGUCCAUAGCAGCGUAGUCCAGUCUCGUGUUAGUUACAUUUCACUUCUACCCCGUUCCGAACCUUCGUGGAGAAGCACACGGUCCCUCUGAGCCGGAGGCUGAAGGCCGGGCCCGGCCGCAGGUCCCUGCAGGCUUCUCCGCCUCCUCGGUGCCUCGGUCGCAUGUUUGCGGGCUGGGCAGAGCGCCAGGGGCUGCCCCCUCCGUGCCCCCUGAGCGCACCCCUCCUCGUGGGACACACCCGUCCACACCCCACAGGUAGGCUGUGGGCCGCAGCCACCUGGAAGGGAGGAGCCUCGUGUGUCAGGAGGAGGAGGUCACGUGGGCUACCUACCAGUAGUGUUCAGUCUGGGCUUUUCUCCUUUCGUGGGAACCCAGCCACUUUGCUUUGGAAGCGCGAUGGGUCUCAGCCUGAGUUCGCAGUCAGUGCAGAGACCCCGGUGCCACGGGCAGAGUCUAAAUGUUGUGAUGCCGCCCCGCUGCCCCCUGCAGCGGCACUGCCCGCCCGAGGUGGCGCGCCCCCUCCGCCCCAGCCUUCAGGGAGACCGCCCGGGCCGAGCCCUGGGUCCGCCUCAGGGAGGCCUCGUGGCCCCGCCCGGGCCACGUGCCUCGCACAGUAGGACGGCAGAGCCCUCUGCUUUCCAGGGCCCGACAGAUUUGCACUUUACCCUCAAGCCUCGCCUUGUAGGUCCUGUUCUGUCCCUCGAGCUGUGGGUCGUGGCAGCAAUCCGUGCCUCCUGUUCUGUAUGGCAUAUUUAUUUAUUUAAACGCCCCGGUGGGGUGGUUGUGUUGUCCGUGAAGGGGGUGGAUAUGGCCAGGCCGGGUUGUCUGGCUUCCGGGUGCCCGAGAGAACCCGCCCUGCCUGUGGAGCUGGGGAAGGGCGGAGCCUCCCAGGGGCUGUCUUGGCCACCGAGAGGGACAGCGCACCCGUCAGGGCUGCCCGCAGCAGGCCACUGCCACCCACCCGGCCCGGGCCUCCUUGCUCCUUCCCUCUGGGGCUUAGGUCUGGGUGAAGGCAGAUCCCCCAGCCCCGGGCACAGGCAGGACACCUUGGCCAGCACAGGAAACAGACCCUGGGUGGCAGAGCACGGCUCCAGUCCCAAGUCUCCAUUCGCCGCAGCUGCCUGCCAAGCCGUAGGCCCCUCCGUGCCUGGUCUCCUCCCUGACAAACUCCGCAACCCCAGCAACCAUAGCCAUGCAGAAUUGAAUUCAUAGUGUCGGUUGUUUUUUAAUUUUUAGGUUCUUGUCUUUGUAUGAUUUUUGUUAGUAGAAGAAUAAAGUUCUGAAAUUCGAGU